AUGACUGGCGGUACUCCCAGUGCUAUACCUUCUGGUGACAAUAAUCCUACUCCCACUACUGAAACUCCUGAAAGUAGUCCUGCAAGCAAUCCACCACAGGAAGAAGCAGCAUUACUAACAAAUGACUUAAAAUUUAAUAAUUUACUAAAAUUUGAUUCUUUGAAGAAAAACAUGUGGGUCGGAUUAGAUGGUUUAAAUCAAAGAUUAGGAUGGAAAAAUAAAAAAGAACAGGUUGGUGAAAAAGAACCUGAAGAGAAAAUUGGAAAAAAGUCUACACCAGGUGUUAAAGGAGAAUUUGGUGAUCCAGUUUCUAUAAAAGAAACACCUUCAAAAAACAAAGGAAACGAAUCUGGAGACGUUUCAAAUAGUUUUAACAAAGCUUUUACCAAUCCUGAGAAACCUAAAGAAGAGAAAUUUGAACCAAUUAAAUUUACUCCUGCAAAAUUGCAAAUCAAACCCAAUGAACUAAAUAAUGGAAAAGAUUACUCUAAAAUUGUUAAUAUUGAAACAGAAGAACCAGAAGAUUACAAAUUAAAAAAAAUUGCUGAUGAAAAACAGAUGAAGGAAGUUUUAGGUGUAAAUGAUCUUGAUUUACCUAAAAAAGACUUAAAACCAAAAAAAAUGCUUACUACAGAAAAUAUUAUAAGCGUAAAUAAAACUACCUUGCCCAGUGAUUAUCUAGGCACUGAUAAAACUCUUUCUGAAGAAGAUGAAAAUGAUUCGAUAGGAAAUAUUGUUGAGAAAUCAAAGAAAAGAGAAAAGUUUGUCCCAAAAAUUGGACUCAAAGAAGGCAGUAGAAAAGAUAUUAAAAAGUUAAAGCAUCAUAAAAAAGAUCAUCAUAAAAGUCAUCAUAAAAGUCAACUAAAAAAAUCUUCACAUUUGAAAAAACAAGGGUUAAAGCAUCAAAACAUGGAUUUACAUACCCUACUUAACAAUACUAAAGAAGUGGUUUAA